AAGCCAAUAAGAGAACAGAAAGGCAUUGCUACGGUAUCAAUUAACAGCUGAACGAAACAGGAGGCAUGGUAAAAGCUAGCAGUGGGCUAAUAAAGAGCAACGCUGCUACAGAGAAGAAACAGAGUUUGGUAUUGCCAGAGUUUGACACCUGAGAAACAAGAUCUGAGUUACACAAUCUUCAGCUAGUUCUUACAACUCCUUCUAUGAAAAGCAACAUGGCAUCAGAUGGGGCAAUACACCCACAAAUGAAUGAGUUGCAGUUACGUGCUGAACAGGUCACAGAUGAGUCUCUAGAAAGCACACGGCGGAUGCUACAGCUGGUAGAAGGGAGCAAAGAUGCUGCAAUCCGAACCCUGGUUAUGCUGGAUGAGCAAGGAGAGCAACUUGACCGGAUUGAAGAAGGCAUGGACCAGAUUAAUCAGGAUAUGAAAGAGGCUGAGAAGAAUCUAACUGACAUGGCCAAAUGCUGUGGUCUUUGUGUAUGUCCCUGUGCCAAAUUAAAAAACUUUGAAGCCAGCGAUGCAUAUAAGAAAGUGUGGAGUAGUAAUCAAGAUGGCACAGUCAGCUCUCAGCCUUCACGUGUUGUCGAUGAACGAGAACAAAUGGUCAUGAGUGGUGGAUUUAUUCAGAAAGUUACAAAUGAUGCCCGUGAGAAUGAAAUGGAUGAAAACUUGGAGCAGGUGAGCAGUAUUCUCGGCAACCUUAAGAGCAUGGCCUUGGAUGUAGGAAAUGAAUUAGACACCCAGAAUCGACAGAUUGAUAGCAUCAUGGUCAAGGCAAACAUGAACAAAUCACGAAUUGACAGUGCAAAUCAGAGAGCAAACAGGAUCCUUGGGAAUAAACCAAACAAGACCUUGGUGUUAUAAAUCAUCAUUUGACUUGCGGAUUAAGUGAAGAGAAUGUCACAGACUCUCAGUCCAUCCAUCUACAUAUCUGUCUUACUUUGUAUCCUUGACAAUCAUGGGGAAUCCUGUACAAGUACUAUGAUGUUCAGGGUUGGGAGUACUUAUACUAAUGUUACAGAUGUCUCUUCAUGGUGCAGUGGUUGCUGCUUCUGAGCACAUUUUUUAUACCUUGAAAUAUUUGGAUAUUCUAGAUUAAAUAAACAUGUUUAAAUAAAAAUAAAUGUAAUAUGAUGCAAGAUUUCAAAGUGAAUAUAAUGCAAACAUUCUUCAUGGUAGCCCAAUGGCAGUGAGAGUGGCUAUCUACUCAUGUCACUGUUACUGUGGGCUUAAAUGGAGUGCAGCAGAGAACUAUAUAAAGAAACAGUGAUUGUCAGCACAUUUUAUUUGGGGUUAGAGAAUGUGGGAGAUUCAAAACUCUGGAAUAGUAGCACCUUGUAAAGAGUGCGGGCAUCAUCUUAACCUGCAAACAAGUAAGAUAAGUAGGUGCUUGUGCAAUGAGCAGGUUCAUGGAGACGUCCAAACAGACGUGUUUUAGGACAUUGCAGAAUCUCAAUGGUGCUCUGCAUUGUGAGGGAACAACAUUCUGCUGUCAUACUCUUACCCUUGGCAAGAAAACAGAUGGGCAAUGAGUUGGUGAGCAGCCUGAAACCAACAAGGCUGUGGACCAGAAGAUAUAGUCUGCAUUUUAUAAGAGGACAUCCAUUCCAAGAGCUCCAUAAACUACAUGAAACCUUUUCAAACUAAAAUAUAAUACACAGUAGGCUAUGAUGUAUUAUAAGAUACUGGAAUACCCUAGAUGCAUUAUAGGGUACAAAGGCAUGAGUAAGAAAUCUUAAAACAUGAAGAUAUGAUGAUAUAGCACAUAUACACCAGAUUGCUGUAUAUUUGUGCUUUGUAAAUGGCCCUGGCCUUUUAGCUUCUGUUACAAGUGUAAAAAAGUGAAUGCAUCAAGGAUAAGAAUCCUGGAGCUGCAUUCACCAAAAUAAAUAAAUAAAUAAAUAAAGUUUUCCAAAAAAAAAAACACUUUUUAAAAUUGUUUUUGCAUAGGGGGAAACCCCCAUUCAUCCCCCACACCCACCUGGACUUGUAUAUGCCAACUCUGUGGUUGCACUAACUCAAAGAAUGGGAAAAUUCCCACAAGAUGGGCAUCUCUGCUGGCACAACUCACUGAUGGAGGAGCUCCGCUUAUCAACAGGUUAAAGCUUGGGACAAUGAAGCUCAAGCGUUCAGUCUUCAUCCACCAGUAGGGUAAUGGGCUUUUUAAAUAGUAGCAAUGUUUGCUAAUUAACUUUUAAACUAAUAAGAUUUUAUCAAGGUUAUUAAAGUGACAAUUGCUUGAGACAGUAAGCUUUUGUGACUAAUCUCCAUCUUGUAAAUAAGUACUGAUGCAAAGCAGGGUGUGCUGCAUCAUAAGAUAUCUCUCUACACGUGAUGUAAGACUAAUGGUCCAUAAUGUAUGUCAUCUGCCAACCAGCAAGUCAUUUGUUUCAAGAUUUCACAUUUACUGCAUUAUGCUUUUGCAAACACAACAUUCAGUAGGUUUUAUUUCUGAAUAUUGUUCUUCAUUUCCUCCAUUAAGACUUUUGUAACGCCACAUCUAAAUACUGUAACAGCAAUGGUAAAGUCCUGCGAUACAGCAAAAAUAAAUCAGAAAGUCAAAUAACCUUGGGAUGUAUAACAUUCAACAGCAAAUAACAAUCAGCUACUGAAAAGGCUCUAGCAAUAUAACUGUCACUGAGUAAAACCAAAGUGUAUCAGAGUAAAAUUUGGGGACCUCAUGUCAUUUCCAUUCCUGGCUUCAACGUUCAUGGAGCACAACGGAAAACCUGAAGUGGUUCAUGCGGAUGUCAUUUUACUGAGAUGCAUAAUUAUUCCCAGGUACCAGCAGUGUCAUUCUCUGAUUGUUUCAAGUCUGAAAAGUGAGAGUUGAAUUAUUUUGCUUUUUCAGUAUGCAUAAGUAUGUUUGAUACAGCUGCAUCUGUGGAACUGUUUACUGAAGUACAUCAUUAUUUUUAGAUGUGAUGCAAAUAUUAAUCCUUUGCAAUUUCCCUUUUAAAGAAGUCCUGCUCAAUAUUUUUAAAAUGUCUGCAAAAUAAAAGUAUUCUUCAACCAUG